AUGGCUGUGCACAGUGCAGAACACAGCCGGGGGAAGCGAGCCAGUGACACCCGACCAGCAGGACGUGCCUGGCCCAAGGACUGCAGUGAGAUCCCCUCAGGCAGCCCCAGCGGCAUCUACCUCAUCCAGCCCACAGGACUGCACCAGCUCGUGGUGUACUGCGACAUGAACGAAACAGCCGGGGGCUGGACAGUCCUCCAGCGGAACCGGCGCGACACACAGAUCACCUGGGCUGAGUCCUGGAGCACCUACAAGUACGGCUUUGGCAACGUGCACGAUGACUACUGGCUGGGGACGGAGUACAUCUAUCGGAUCGCCAAGCAGAAGGUCUACCAGGUCAGGUUUGUCAUCCACGAUUCAUCCGGCACCAUGAAAUACGCAGACUACAACCUCUUCGGUCUGGAAGACGAGUCCAAAGGCUACAGGCUGAGGCUGGGCUCUUACACUGGGAUUGCAGGGGACGCCAUGGCUUCAUACAAUCCUAGCACCAUGCAUGACAACAUGAAGUUCUCUGCUAAAGACCUGGAUCAGGACACUUCCAGUGGGAACUGUGUGUCUAGCUCUGGUGGGGGCUGGUGGUACUCGGCUUGUCAUUCUGUUCGACUGAACAUCAAAGGGAGCAUCACUUGGGGUAGUUUCUGUAGCGGGAACUGCCAAGCCUCCGUCAUCCUCAUCAAACCAGCGUCCUACUGUUAGUCCCCCCUUCCCCACCCUCCUGUCUGCAGUGAGGCCAACCCCUGCUCCACGAAGGGAGGGAAAAGGGUCAGAGUGUAUCAUGGCCAAACCUCCCGCCCGCUUUCACAGGCCUUGCUGGGGGAAGUAUCAGGGUUACCCGGGUAACGGGGACACUUUCCUUCUCCUCUCCCUCCCUGCAGACUUUCUGAGCUUUUUUCCACUGGGCCUUUCUCCGCUGGGCUGACUCCCAUGCACCAGCGUUCGGCUGGAGUGACUCUUCCGCGUCAUUUUAGCUCGGCGAUGCGAUGAGCAGGCCUAGAGGUCACUGGAAAGGUGAAAUCCCAAGCAUGGCGGGAGCUUCUCAAACACCCUCUGCACGGCCCUGCCUCGGGAUCCAGGCUUUGAAAUAAACACACACUUCUAAGCAG